AUGGCCACUCCGGAAACCCAUUAUGAGGUUCCUAAGCAGCCCAGGGGGGGUCAUGCUGCGCCAAACCAUGAGCCCCAAACAUAUGCUGCGGCCCCUCGACCUCAAGGCGGGCCGGUGAAACUCAAAGGUUAUUGGCAUAUGUUUGACGCUCAUUCAAGUUUGAAAUGGGGAUUUCCGCACUUCUACCGCAAGCCCGGUUAUGGAUACGAGAAGCUAGGCCAGUAUCGAAACAGGGACGUGCUCGACCGCAUCUGGACUGGAGAUUACGAUGAUAGAUACAUUUCCUCGUAUGACGGGAAGGUCAGCAAGCUUGUUGUGCAAGCUGUUGAUGACAUCUACGACAACACGACAAAUUCUACGUGGCGACGAACCUUUGUUCGGAACGUAUCGCCGUUCUAUUUAAGACUGGCUAAUUGGCCAGUGAGCCAUGUGGAUUAUGCUCGUAAUGGAGGUCCCACAAGUGAAGACUGGCCGAUGAUCUACGUAAAGUGGUUCUUUGCCUGUAUUGCCAUCAGUUUCGUCAUUGGCACCCCUGUUUCUGGAGAGGCCUCGAUGAGAAAUGAGGGCAAAUACGCCCCCUUCCCAUACGGGUACAUCGGUUAUCCCAAGGUGGCGCGAAACGAGAUGGAAGCGGACGUGGCUCGAGGUGUUAGGGGCAACGAGGCAAAUCCUAUCGCAGAGCGUUUGCUUCGACCCAGAUACUUGUGCUUCCUUCGCGCUGAAGGCAAGCCCGCCAACCUGAUGGCCGUCGACGAUUACAUUGAACAAUACAAGACUGAAGACAACCUGUCUUAUGUUUUCGUAGCAUAUACUACGGAGCAGUUCAACCAUGACAGCGCGGAAGACAUGAUUGUCCUGCAUCAAAUUGCCGAUGCAGCGGCACGCAAUGCUGGUGUUCAAGCUUAUUGGAUUGGCUGUUCGUGCUUGGGUUCCGUCCCUGCACAGCUUCAAGAAGAUGUCUAUCGAAUUUGCGAUGUGAUUCGAGGCGCCCAUUCUUUGGCUAUCGCUGUAGGCCGACCGCCCUCCAACCCUUAUGGGCUUGCAACGCCUGAUCACUUCCUCCAGCAAUGGGGAAAACGGAUCUGGACCUUUCCUGAAGUGCUACUUUCACCAUCCGGAAAAGAUAUCAAAGUCUACUGCCGUACUGGCGAUUGGUUAGCGCCCAUCAUUGUGCCUAAGGGCCAAUUUCCUGCUAGAGUCUGGAGGGAGGAUGCUCACAUUGCUCGCCAGUUGAUUGACCACUACGAGGGUAACCUUAUACUAAGUCAGCUGGAACUUGUCACGUUGGCCGUCGAAUGCUUACAUAGACGGGAAACGACGCAGUACUUCCGAGGUGAUCACAGUUAUGCGUUGAUGGGCCUUCUUCGCAUCAGGCCAAAGAUCGACCCUACUGAUUCCGCUUUCCAGGCCUUUGCACGUCUCUCUCUUGCCAAUGGGGGCAAUGGUAACGAACAGCUUUUGGAAAGACUCAUCUGUGUCCUACCCAAGGAACCCAAUCAGCCAUGGCACUCUAUGGACGAUGCAUAUAACGCCAAAUUGUGGGAUAUCCUUCCAACUGAUCGAACAAUUGCUGGGAUCGGGGAAGACGACACCAUCAUCCUUGACGGCUGCCACGCGGCCAACGUUCGCUGGAAAUCCUUCGCACCCGUCGCUACAUCACGUAUCAUGAGCUGGAAACGUGAGUUUGCGAAGUUCAUGUUGCGCAUUAGCGGGUACAUAUUCUGGACUUCCGUUGCGUUGCUGGCAAUUUUCCCAGCGGUUGCCAUACCUUUGUUCAUCUACUCGCUUGUCAUGAUCGCCUUGAGCCCGUAUUUACUACGUGUCAUCUACUUGGGCAAAUUCUGGGGUAGCCAAGGCUGGUUCUUCGGAUUCGAAGGCUACAUGGACAUCGACACCAUUGAGCGCCAGAUCUUUGGCGCCCGCUUAGGGAGAAUGAGCUGGUCGGCGUACAUGAGCCCCUUGUCCAGGCAUUACAGGAACGAGCAUAAUGAGUGCGUACCGCUUGAUCCGACAACAGAUGAGAAUGUCCGGAAGCUGGUAGAAAGGGCAAAGUAUGCGCAGCCGGGAGACCAGAGGAUCUUUACGCUGGUGGACACAGGUACCAUGACAGCAACGCUCUUUCAAGCCGCUCGCCCGCCGAUCUGCUUCAUCCUCGCUGGCACCGAGGGCGGCAUGCAACGAGCACUUGGCUGUUCAUAUGACUGGACGACAGGGACUCUCUAUAGGGAGACUGUACUCAGGUUCCCAACACCAAUCAUCGAUCAGAUGUUCCGGGUACCGAGGGUGAAGCUUGGGUUCAACCGAAGGCAAUAUCCGUACAAGGGUUUGCACGAGGUUGGAGAAGCUAGGGGCAAGCGAAAGCAGGAUCGAUGA